UCGAUGACGAUACUCUUUGCAUUCCCGUUUGCGGUAUUGACAUUUAUUUGGUCCAGGCUGAAAAACGUAGUAAGGGUAAAGGUCGGUUACAGUUGAGUCACUUUUAUUUCAGUGUUGACGAAAUAUUACUGUUUUUAGGUUAAAGUUACACGUUAGUCAUACUGAUACACUGUUAGUUUUACAGUUAUAGGUAUACUGUUAUAGAGUUAAUGCUACUGAAACUGAAAGAUACCUAGUUAAAUGGUCUUCACAGGAAAUCUAGGAUUACUGUAUGGAUAAGCGGCCUCUAAUUAUUUAUAUAUUUCAGUAUGAAAUUUUCAGAUUGCUAGAUUACUGUAUUGAUACAGUAUCUCCACAAAAGUUCGGUAAGUUGCAGCUGGUCUUACGUAAAGCUUCCACCUGCCGUUUGAACUUGAAUAUUCUUAAGCAGACCGUUAUCAUCAUUGGAAGCUAGGUACAAUUUUGCUCCUUCCUGCAAACUUAGCACCUUCAAAUUUGUUUGAAACUACAAACUCACCUCCACAUUUGGUAUAGGUGACGGGAUACUUUUCAAGCGUAGAAUUUGAGGAUCACAGUUUGAAAGUGAAAUAUAGAAUAUUGCUAGAAAUGAAAAGAGCUGGAGCAUUUCACGCGGUGAAAACGCGGUGAACGCGGUUAAAGUUAAACCGGCAUGUUUUAAGUGUCGGGACAGUUGAAAAUUUUGUCAGUGAUAAGAAAUUGAAUGACGAGAGAGGAAAGCAAAUAGUGACUAACUGAUGAAAAUCCAUUAAACUUUUGAUUGUUAUAUAAUUUUAGAACGUUUUCUGACAUCGGUUUAACAGGUUUUCCGGGUCUAUUAAGAGGCAUGACAGGGCGCCUCUGGCUCGCCAAGUUCUUGGUCAUACCUGAAGAUUAGUUCCGUCCACAGUUUAGAUGGAAUAAUCAAGUACCUUCUAGAAAUGCCCAACGAUUUUUUUUUCCAGAAAUCUUCAGACAAGUUUUAGAACUGUAAAAAACUGAAACAAGAAAAAUAAUUGAAUUGGAAAAAUGUAUUUGAAUUUAUUUUGAUAUUUUUGCAAUUUUUAAUAGCUCCCAAGGGCUUCAAAGGUUGUUGCUCCAUUUUUUUCUUUUUCUCUUCCCCUCCCACCAAAUUCUCUUCUCUCUCCACACUCCCGGCUCUUUUUCUAUCAUCAUUCUACUUUUCUGACGGCCUACCGAAUGGCUAUCCCCACUUCUUCUCUCAAGUUUUAUUGAUUUUUUUUGCUGAUAUUUUUCUGAUAUUUCAACUAAUAUUGUUGUCGAUUUGAUAAAGGGAUACAUAUACAUCGCAGGGCUUGGUAAAAUUUUUUGGUGAGUUAUAUAUAUAUAUAUAUAUAUAUAUUUUGCAAAUUAAAAAAAAUUUAACGUUUUUUUUUCAGAAUGAAUCUCCUAAACAGAAUCAAGACAAACAAACAUGGAUGGAAACACUUAAAUUCGAAUACUUGAAGAUUGAAUUUUUCGGGAUCCGAACUCCUUUAUGGAUAUUUUCCGCCGAAAGUGUUUGCAACGGAAACUCCAAACUUUAUGGAGAUAAUUUUGUUAUGCUGGAAAACUCACCACAUAGGGAAAAUUGCAAACUUUCGUAUAAAUAAUUUAUUAUUAUUAUUUUAUGAAGUUUUCCAAAUUGAAUUUUUGAUUUCCUAUAUAACUUGAACAACAUGAAUAUUUCUGUUUUAAUAAGUUGUAAGGCUUUGUGAGACUGUGAUCCUCAAGUCUUAAAUCUGAGGGAUUACAAGUCAGGUAGUGUUGCGACUAUCAAUAAUGUAGAGGACGGUGCAAAUUUGUAUCUGGCUUCCAAAGAUGACAACGUGCUACUCAAAAAUGUUCAAAUUGAGACAGGUGGAAUGAAAUACACCCUUGACCAACUAAAUGUCUACAACCCGGAUGGAAAAGCAAAGAGUAUCAGUAUCAUCCAUGGCUUGACCAUCUCGACAAGUAAUACAAAUUCGGACACCACCGGUCUUACUGGAUGUCUGUAUCUUACUACAAAGAAUCAAGCCAAUGAUCCAUCAUUCUCCGUCUAUGUGAUCAAACAAGCACAAACCGUUUCCACGACUCAACCCAACUCCACCGUCGUCAUUUUGAAUACCGAACUGAAUCCUGACAUAUCGAAUUACGAUCAACCUCUCAAGACAUCUUAUGUCACUAACAUCAAUCAAUCCCCAGACUCUGAUCUUUUCUUCCAAUGGGAUAUCCCUGCAUCCGGUUGGACACAGAAGGAUGUAACUAAUCAGUUUUUUGAGAAUCCUAUCAUCCUGGAAACUUUCGAUUGGAAUACGAUGAAAAAAAAUUUUACACGACAAUUCUUCGAUCACAUUGAGCCACUUCAAAUCGGCGUGAAGUACUGGUAUUUCACGGCUAGUAAGCCAGUGAGCAUGACAAUGGAGAGCAAGUACGUUAGCAAUCUGAUGUACACUGCAACUUCAGUCAACACUACGGGACUUAUCGUCAACGAUUUUGUAUUCCUGGAGCAUGUUGUCAAUUUCCCGUUGGAUUUGACACGUGUUAGAACUAUCGGAACAUUGAUCUCCGCAUUCCCUGAAUCAAGCACAAUAAAUUUUGUUUACAAAGAUGAUCAAUCAUCAUCUAGGCAAAGCUUCAGCACAGAACAAACCCAUUCUCUAUUUGAUACUUAUAUGCAAGCAUCAUCAUUAACCAUCAAUGCCACCGCAUUAAUACCUGGAAGAUUUUUCUGUCAAUAUUUUGGAGUCACAGGAGAUCUACUGCCCCCAGGGACUUCUACACCUUCAACGCCUUCUACAGUUGAAACAACGAUGCCUAGUACCACUCGAAUUUCUACAACUCCAAGUGCUGCUCCUCAUGAAUUUCAGCUGAUUUGCUUUAUUAUUGCCUUUUUGUUGGUGCUUUAAAAAUUUUCCGAGUCUCAAUUUUGUUGAUAAAUACCUUUUC